AUGCGCAAGAUGCUACGUGCCCGGCUUCGCCUGCCCAUAGCAGAGACGCUACACAUCGCCCACAUUCUCGCGCAGACUGUCCUCGGCUUCUUGACUGGCGCCAACAACAACAGGGACACCACGCGCAAAGCUCGAGCUCCGUGGAAGAGCCACAUUUUUGCCGCCAAGGACGGUUCCGGACGCAAGACGGUCCUCAAUUUCUUCGGCCGCCUCGAGUAUCAAGACGGCAAACGACGGCGCUACAUCAAUCAGCAGGAGGUCGCCGCGCAGUUCUACCACGGCCGCGGGACUGUCCAUCUGCAUCUGCUCGUCUGGCUGCAACAUGUGGAAACCGUCAAGCUGGAGGACAGCAUCUCGGCCACUGUACCCGUCGACAAUGCAGUGGCUGGCCCCUGCGCAGUGGCCCGUCCCACUACGAUGCGGAAGCCCAAGUAUUACGACUUCACCACGGAGGAGGACUUUUGCAGCUACAAUCGGGAUGGCACGCCUGAAGGUCUCCGAGCGUACAUCAAGGAUGUGCUCUCCAGCCUCCACUGCCAUGUCGACGUCCAAAUGUCCGAUGGGCGAGGCCUUCUUCUGCGCUAUGUUUCGGGCUACCGCUUCCGCGUGCCGGUGCCCUGGGAGGGCGCCUGCCCCGAUCGGGUCGUGCAGUACAUGAACAAUCGCUGGCGGGCAGAAGAUAUGACCCUCGCAGACUUCCUCCGAAAAACCAACCUGCGCGGCGGCGUGCACCGCAGCUUCGUUCGCCGUCAUCAGCAGCUCUUCAGGAAUGACGAGGACGUCAUGGAAGAAACACUGGAGGACUGGGUCAAUAACGCUCCGCUGCAGGGCGAUGUCGCGGUCGCAGCCAUCUACCUCUCUCGCUACAACGACCGCUACUACGGGCAGUGGGUUCUGAUGAAUGUUCCUUUCCGCUCCAUGGACGAUCUGCGGCGUGAGGAGCUGGACCGCGUGCCGCCGCACCUUUACUAUCAAGCCCUGGCCCUGCUGUUGCGCCCAGAUCACUGGACAAGCGAGGCGGCCACCCGGGCCGAGCUUGAGCUCGAAGCUUUCCGAGAGCACCACAUCCGAAACAUUCUGGCCAUGCUCUUCGCCAACCAGGGGCUCAUUCGGAAGUACCUUUCUGGCGAGCUCGACAAGAACGACGACGUCGUCGCGGGUCCCGCCGACGGUGCUGGCCCUGGCACGGCGGUGGAACUGUCCGGCCACCAGCAACGCCUCGCGGCGGAGCUUCUCGAUGCAUACCACCAAGGCACGCAGCUGCGCCAGCAAGGAGAGAACGAACUCCCUCCCUGGACAGCCCGGACCUCUCCCUUCGCUCCUGCAGUCGAUGGCCGCUCCGCCUACACCAUUCUGGGUCCGGCUGGCAGCGGCAAGACAACCACAGCGCACCAAGUCAUUCGGCAAGUCGCGGCGAACGGUCGCGUUCUCCUGACUGCACCCACCGGCCGCCUGGCGGCGACCCUGCGAGAGAGAUUUCCAGAUCUGGAGGUCGACACCGUGCACGGAGCCUUUCUCGUGCACAAGCCCACCCAGGAGGCGAUGGAAGUGCUUUGGCCAUAUGACUUGAUUGUCGUCGAGGAAGUCGGACAGCCUCCCGCGGCCGACCGCAUUCCGACACUCAUCUUCGUUGGCGACUUCUACCAGUUGCCGGGCGUCGACCCCUUCAAUGCCCUGGACUCACCCCUGUGGCACAGUGUGCUCGUCAAAAAGCGGGAGCUGCAUACGAUGCUGCGGUGCAAGUGCCCCAAGCUGCGAGAGAAGUUGGAGCUUCUGCGCAUCGGCAAGCCCACGGUCCGACAAUUGAUGCAAAUCAAAGCAGGACACAAAGCACCGUCCCUGCACCGAGCCGGCUACGUCAUGGCGGAGGAGCCGUCCGAUGAGGACAUUGGCAUGAUUCUAGAGGAGACCCCGCAAACUCUGUUCCUCACGGUGAGCCGCCGCGCUUGCGCCCAACUCAACGCAGCCGCCGUAACCGCCCUGUUCUCCGACGACAUCCCGUUG